AUGACACAAGCGCAGAAAAACGCUUCGUCAGAGGAGCAUGCGAAUGUGCAGUCGAAACCAGACGCUGAAUUGAGUGGCGAUUCAGUUGGCGUUUCGAUUGCAUAUCAGCCAUCUAGUGUUCAAAAUAUUAUCGCAAUGAAAUCAUCGACCCACUCGAAUCGCUCGUCAAAAUCAUCUCCGUCGAAUCAUGCUAAAUGCAAUUCGAAUGCAGAAGAGAAGGAAGUUAGUUUUUUUAAAUGCAUGCCUUUGCUCUUUGCAUACGCUUGA